AUGAUGCACCGACCUGGUGGGAAGAUCCGACCGCCACGCCGGCCCAUUGCCGCGCGAGGUGAGACCAACGAAUUCGAGACCUGCUGGAACACCCUCAAAGAAGCCCUAGUCGACAUUCACAACCGAAACGCCGGCAAACUCUCCUUCGAACAGCUGUACCGAGCCUCAUACAAGAUUGUACUAAAGAAGAGAGGAGAUGAGCUCUAUGAUAAGGUCAAGCUCUUCGAGGAACAAUGGUUUCACGACAAGGUCAUUCCCGCGAUACAGGGGUUGCUCUCGCGAAAUCUCAUCACCAUGACUGUGGAUGGCCUCCCGGGCACGACUGCGAAUGAGCGAAGACAAAUGGGCGAGAAGUUCCUGCGGGGGCUGAAAGACUCUUGGGAAAGCCAUAAUUUCUCCAUGAACAUGAUUGCGGACAUUCUGAUGUAUUUGGACCGUGGCUACACGACCGACACCAAACGACCCUCCAUCUUCACUACUACAAUUGGCCUCUUCCGAGAUAAUAUCUUACGGUCGAGGCUUAAUGACAUAGGGUACGAGGGGCUUCUGACGGGCGUGUUCAACGCCGUCGCCCUCGAUCUGAUCAAUAUGGAGCGGGAAGGCGAUGUUAUAGACAGAAAUCUGCUGAGGAAGUGCAUUUCCAUGUUUGAGGAUCUCUAUGAAACAGACGAUGAAAACGAUGACGACAAGCUAUACCUCACGACUUUCGAGCCAGAGUUUCUCGACGCGAGCAGGCGGUUCUACCGGCAGGAAGCGACCAGGCUGGUUCGCGACUCAGACGCUGGCACCUGGCUUCGCCACACGCAGCGUCGAUUAUUCGAGGAACAGGAGCGUUGUGAGACGACUAUUUCGAAGCUCAGCGCGGCGAAUAUUGCCAAGGUGGUGGACGAGGAGCUCAUCUCGAGUCAUCUUGAAGAGUUUCUUGCCCUUGAAGGCAGUGGACUCAAGUCAAUGAUCGACAACGACCGGCUCGAGGAUCUGACCAUUCUCUACCAACUAGUCUCCCGAGUGGACGCCAAGAAGGAAGUUCUGAAGAAUCUUCUACAACGGCGUGUUGUUGAGCUUGGUCUAGAGAUCGAGAAAGUCCUUAAAAACACGGAUUUUUCAGUGCAACAAACUGCGGCGGAGGGAGAUGACGGGGGAGAAGGUGCGGAGAAAGCGAAGCCGCAGCCGUUGACUGGAGCUGCUCAGACAACUGCUGCUGCUAUUAGAUGGGUAGAUGAUGUUCUUCAGCUGAAGGACAAGUUCGACCGUAUCUGGACGCAGUGCUUCGAUGAGGAUCUUGUCAUCCAAACUGCCCUGACAAAGAGUUUCUCAGACUUUAUCAACAUGUUCCAGCGAAGCUCAGAAUACGUUUCUCUUUUCAUAGAUGACAAUUUGAAGCGUGGCAUCCGGGGCAAGACAGAGAUAGAAGUCGACGCCGUUCUAGAGAAAGCCGUCACACUUAUACGGUUCCUCCAGGAUAAGGACAUGUUCGAGAGAUACUACCAGAAACAUCUCGCUCGCCGGCUGCUCCAUGGCAAGUCGGAGAGCCAAGAUGUCGAGAAGCAGAUGAUUUCUCGCAUGAAGCAAGAAGUCGGAAACCACUUCACCACCAAGUUCGAGGGCAUGUUCAAGGACAUGGAUAUUUCGAGAGACCUGGCAGAAGACUACCGCAGUCAUAUUCGUGGUCUAGGUGAUGUCGACCGGAAAAAUAUUGAACUCAGCAUCAGCGUUCUUACGAGCAACAACUGGCCCCCUGAAGUUAUGGGCCGCUCAUCACAACUGGAAGAUGGCUCGAGGGUAGAGUGCAACUACCCUGCUGAGAUUAAGAGCCUUCAGCAGAGCUUCUUCAAAUACUACCUCAAAGAUCGGAGUGGUAGAGUCCUCACUUGGGUUGGAUCCGCCGGCACUGCGGAUAUCAAGUGUGUAUUCCCCAAGAUUCCCGGCAAAGAGACCGGCCCUCUCAGCAAGGAGCGGCGGUACGAUCUCAACGUAUCGACGCACGGAAUGAUUGUGCUGAUGCUCUUCAACGACCUUGCCGAGGGAGAGUCGUUGAGCUUCGAAGAGAUCCAGGCAGAGACCAACAUCUCGCCUAACGAACUCAGCCGAGCAUUGGCCUCCCUCUCAGUGGCACCCAAGGCCCGAGUUCUCACCAAGGAACCAUCCACAAAGGCCGUCAGACCGGGCGACAAGUUCAUGUUCAACACGUCCUUUGUCAGCAAGACGAUCAAGAUCAAGGCGCCAACAGUCAGCGCCGUCUCCAAGGUGGAAGGAGACGACGAGCGCAAGGAAACCGAGAAGAAGAACGACCAGACCAGAGCCCACAUUGUGGACGCGGCAGUCGUCAGGAUCAUGAAGCAACGCAAGGAGCUGACGCACAAUCUCCUCAUCACGGAGGUCGUCAACCAGCUAGCUUCACGCUUCAAGCCCGACGUGCCCCUGGUCAAGAAGCGGAUCGAGGAUCUUAUCGCGCGCGAUUACCUCGAGCGCAUGGAGGAUUCUUCUCAAUCGGCCUACCGAUAUCUUGCCUAA